GACCAUGUACCAAGGAGUUGGCUGUGGCUUUCUCCUUCUCCACCUUUCAGUGUCUCACACCACUGUGACACCAGCUACAUGUAGCAUCUCGACGGACCAUCGACAGGAGCACGUAAUCGUUUCAAAUUCAAUCUAGCCCAAUGCGGGUGGAGGUAUGCGUGUAACACGUACGCGAUGGCCAGAUGAUGAUUGUGUACUUCUGUCUAGUCCUUGCAGACACUGAUGGCCGUGGACCGUGAAAUGUUCUGUGAUGGUGGAAUAGAUCGUCUCUGAUGCCGUAGGUGUAGCAAGAACUGAGGAAGGACCCAUCAAAAACCCAAGGAACCAUCUUAUCAGCUCGCAUUUCAUCACGGAACCACUACAAGUAGAUCUACACGGCACUGAUGAGUGAUGGUUUGUCACUCUUGAUGGGUGUUGCAGUUCCAGCACAGGGUGCGUACUCGACACGCCUUCGCGCAAGGCGCUGCGUGCCAGCUUUCUCAGUUUUUACCUGUUUCUGUUCCGCUGUCAGUGUCAAGACAGCUGAUAGUUGAUAAUACAUUAACCUUAAUAGUACAGUAUCGACUAGCAACUCCAACAGGCAACACAGUCUCGGGUGAUUACAGCGGUGGUGUCAUUUAUUUCUCUGCGUGUGUGCGUGUACGUGUAUCACACUCUGUCAGUGUGUCACCGUGCGUGCACUCUCCAGCUAGCACUGUCACUGUCAGCCGCAGCGACGCUUUAGGUGUUCUGACCAUCUGCACUUCUUUCACUUCGCAGACGCAGACUGUGUCUGUGUGUGGUGAGUGUCACUGCAGUGCAUGCAGUGGCUGAUGCGGACGUAGAUCUACGUUGCGGACGAGUGUUCUUCGCACCUCCUUCGCACCUUCUUCGCUACGUUCUCAUCAUCACCGGAGUCUGGCGGAGAUAUCCGUGUUGAAAAAGCAGCCCCCGCCCGCAAGACCUCGUCAGUUGGCAGGAAGAGGUCCGCUGUGCAGGUCGACGACUGCGGUACAGGAAGAAGUGGUGUGUACCUUUCUCUUUGCCCCGGUGUGGAACUGUGACCCAGUCCUGAGUAGGCUUCUGAGUGUGGUGACCUUCAAUAGCUCGCUAGCGAAGCUUUGAACUGCCCUCGCAUUGUUGUCGCAGUACUCAGUAUUGCUGCUGAAGCGUGUAAUGUUUUCUCUGGGUGUGUUACAUUUCGCGUGAUGUGUCGUGUGUUUGUGUGGCUGCUUGGUGUUUUCUCAACCACCACCACCGCUAGUAACACCGCCUAACGUUGCAGCACAGGCCAGUACAGCCUAGGCGGACGACUGUCCCGUGUAUAUGCUGAGCGUGGGCUCAAUAUUUCUCUAGGCGAGGCAUCGAGGUUUGGUCUGACCUGUGUUGUCCGGUGUAGAUAAUUAAUUGAUUAUUUCUACGUUUUCUACGUUCGAGUUGUCCCUAUCACCCUCAAAUUUCCGGAAACCAUUGCUAGUGAGAAGAGCUUGCCUUCCGAAUCACGAUGGCAGAUCUCUGGCGUCGCAAGUCCGUACCGGUGAAAAUGAUGGUGCACGACGCGGUCAUCCAGGGAGCCAGCGGCCUGGGCAAACGAUCGGUGGACAACAUUGUGAAGUCGAGGCCCGCGGACAUUGUGGCCGUGCUGCACGAAAAGCCCGACUCUAGCCUGGGUCGUUUGCAUCUGGCAUUGAAGCAGUGCGACAAGGUCUGGAUGAAAGGCUUUCUGAAAAGCGGUGGCUUGGAGAAACUCUUCUCCUACCUGAGCGUACUGAGCGGUGGACCGGGCAGUGGAGGAAAUUCAGAGAUCGGCCGGACAACGAGUCCUUCUGGUGGUGGUGGUACUGGUAGCAACAAGAUUGCACCGAAGCGGCGAGUGUCCGAGCCUGGCUCUCUGAUGAUGGCGGUGGGUCUGCUGCAGUGCGUGAUGUGCAUCAAGGACGUGACGAACAGCCGCGAAGGUCUGGACUACCUGAUCGACACUGGCAAGGAGCAGGUCAAGUCCUUGGCAAUAGCUCUGGGCAGCACAAACGUCAUGGCUAAGAUCCAAGUGGUUGACUUGCUGAGUUGCCUCUCCCUCUACGACACCGCCGGCUAUUGUCUUGUUCUUGAUGUUCUCGCCCAGUACUCGUCCUCACGUGGCUUGUCAAAGCGCCUUGCCUUCAUCAUCGAUCAGUUUCGCACGGAGGAGCUGCCGUCUUAUCAGAGCAGUUUGCUGGCGCUGCUCAACUGCUUGCUGAAAGCGGAGCGUGAUCUGCAAAAAAGAGUUGCAAUCCAUGCAGAGCUGCAAGCAUCUGGCUUCGUCUCGAUCCUGAGACUACUGCGGGCCACGGAGGACGAAGACGUGCUCAUUCAGCUGGAGGUGUUCGACCUCCUGGUGGCCGAGGAUGAGCUGGAUGGGUUGUCCGUUGAUAAUGUCGACGAGCAGAAAGAGCUGACCAAUCUCUUCACCGAUAUUUGCCGCAGUGCGGAGAAGGCCCAUUGUGAGCCAGCGCUGCGACACAUCCUGCACCACCUGACCAUGAUCAACAACAGCGAAGACAACCUGAGCAGAGCCAAGGAGCAGUGGCAACUAGCCGAGCAAGUCCUCAUCAGGGCCGUGGUGCUGGAGACGAGUCGCGAUGUGGAGGACAUCGUCAAGACGAGCGAGCAGAUAAUGCAGUCUGACAAACACUCCACCAAUCGACUGUGUAAUGGACAUGAUAACUCACUUUCGGAUAAGAAUGCUAAUCAGUCGUCCCAGAAGGACAGCAAAGCAUCAGUAGUGAACGGAAAUGAAACAUCGCUGACAAAGUCGACACCGCCUCCGCCAGCACCGCCUCUACCAGGCGCGCCAGCUCCACCACCCCCUCCUCCGCUGCCCGGAAUGGGUGUACCUCCCCCUCCUCCCCCACUUCCCGGAAUGGGUGAACCACCGCCCCCUCCCCCACUGCCCGGAAUGGGUGGACCUCCUCCCCCUCCUCCAAUGCCCGGAAUAGGCGGACCUCCUCCCCCUCCCCCGCUGCCAGGAAUGGGUGGACCCCCUCCCCCUCCUCCUAUGCCCGGAAUGGGUGGGCCCCCUCCCCCUCCUCCAAUGCCCGGAAUGGGUGGACCUCCUCCCCCUCCUCCUAUGCCCGGAAUGGGUGGGCCUCCUCCCCCUCCACCAAUGCCCGGAUCGGGCGGACCACCCCCUCCUCCUAUGCCCGGAAUGGGACCUCCCCCUCCGCCAGGUGGAAUGCCCGGUUUCUUUGGAGGAUGUGGAGCACCAGCUACGCAGCAGAUGAGUCUGCCCGGGACUAGGGUGAGGCCCAGCAAGAAGAUGAAGAAACUCAACUGGGGAAAGCUCCAUGAAAAGAAGGUGAUGCCCAGUGAGGCCCUGUGGAAGAACAUCAUUGCGUCGGAUACGAUGGAGAUCGACAGCUCUCUUCCGCGCAUCGAAGAGCUCUUCAGCCAAAAGGUGGUGGAAAGGAAGAAGAAGGAGGACAAGAAAGAGGAGAAGGCGGACAAGAAGAAGGAAUCGAGUGUGGUCACACUACUGGAUGGGAAAGUCCAUCUCAAUGUCUCCAUCUUCCUUAAGCAGUUCAAGCUGAGUAUAGAUCAAUUUGUUGAACUGAUCAGGAAAUUGGACACUACACAAGUGGAAGCCGAUCAGCUGAAGUCUCUAGAGGUCUUGCUACCGGACAGUGACCAGACCGAACUCAUACGCAGCUACAAGGGUGAUCCGGCAUUGCUCGGUACACCAGAGAAGUUCUACCAGGCAUUGGACCAGCUCAACCACUACCGCUUCCGGGUCAAGGUGAUGUUACUCAAGUUGGACGUCGCUGAGGGCCUGCAGAGCCUGUGGCCAUCGGUCAACACUCUUCUGCAGGCUUGCAACGACGUGCGCGAGUGUGAAGAGCUGCGCAAAGUCUUCCUCAUCGUUCUGACAGUGGGAAACUUCCUCAACUCUGGCGGAAAUGCUGGCAAUGCGGCUGGCUUUCGUCUGGAGACGCUGCUCAAGCUGGACGACACGCGUGCGAACGCACCGCGUAUGACACUGGUGCACUUCCUGGCAGAGUUCAUUGAACAGAAGCACCCGGAGUUGCUCGGACUGCCCCAGAAGCUAGACAUACUGGAGAAGGCGACGCGGCUAUCCGUGAGCAAUGUACAAAGUGAGUGCAGUGCACUCUCUAACCGACUCAUGAUGGCCCAGAAGAACAUAGCGACCGUGUCGGAUGACAUCAAGGAACAGGCCAAGGACUAUCUGGACAAAGCAGUUGAUGAAGUCGCCAGCGUCUCAGCGUCAAUCAAGAAGCUGACGGACAAGAAAGACGAGCUGGCAGUGUACUUCCUGGAGACGCCCAAGGACUUCGAUCUGGAAGGCACUUUCCAGGUGUUGCUCAAGUUUUGCAAGCGACUUGCUGAGGCGGGACAGGAGAACGCAAAGCGACGCGAGCUGGAGGAGAGAACGCGCAGACGCAAACUCCAGCUGGAGGAGGAAGCCAAGAAGAAGGCCGAGAAGAAGGGCGCUGCCGGAGGAAGCAAGCAGCCAAUGGGCUCUGCACCGCUGGUCGAGGGUGGCAACAUACUUGAUAACCUGAUGGGAGAGAUACGCGGUGGCUUCCAGCUGAAAACCGCGCGCCGCUCAGCAAAUGAUGAAUAAUAGAUCUCGAAGCACCGUCAACCGUCAACCCUAUCAGCAGCAUAGGUCUCUACUCACCUGCCAAUCCUAUCAGCAGCAUACAGUACGGUACUGGCAGUCUCCGAAGAACGAACAGGCUGACUCGACUGUGCAUGAAAAUAAUAACGGUCAAGGCUACAAGGCUGAUCCACCCGGUCUUCGGCAACCGGCAGCAUGAUGACAGAUAAGAAAGGCAUGUUCAAUAAAUUGUAAUGUUGUAGAAAGGAAAAUCUGAAGAAGUAUAGCAUGACAAAUGAACUAUGUAAGGAGCCAGGGAAAUGAGGAAAAUGUGUGCAUGCAUAUCAGCCGAGAUAUAUUUUACCGAUCACAUAAUAAGAACAUACAGAACGGCAUUAUCAAAUCCUAUAAUAUAUCCUUCUUUUAAAUUUUUUUAUACGUGUUUUGAUUCGAUUGACCCCUCUUUCUUCUGCGUUAUCAUAAGUUACGAAAUAUGUUUGCGCUGGCGCCACGAAUAGUUCUGUCCUAAAGAAGGGAGAUAUGCCUCAACUAUUAUUACUUCAAACCUACUGGCUAAUGCUGUGUACACCACUUGAAUGCUCAGUAUAAAUUAUUCAACUUGACCUGCGAUAUACAGGCAACCUUCA